AUGGGAAAGUGUGAGGCGUUUGUGUCCUUGGUGUCUGAAGCCGUCCCUGACAUCCUGACAGACAGACAGAUGAGGCUGCUCACUCUGGGCUUAAGAGCGAAGAUGAUGUUACAGAUGUUGAGCUCUGAGCAGUCAGAGGAUCUCAGCGGUGUUAAAACAUACAUGAACAGCCUGCUGUCGUCCAGCUCUGAGCAGGUUCAUAAAGAAAAUGAAGCUCUUGAAAUCAACUUUGUGCGUCUCGUUCAAAGACUCCUGGACGACCCAAAAGACAGAGAGCACUUCCUCGAGAGCGUGUUUCCUGUGGAGUACGGGCCCGACUUCGAUGCCGCUCUGGAGACGGUGGUUUGUGAGUUCUUCACCAGACUGGAGGCGUUGCUGCUUAUACCAGACUUCAAGCAGACUGCAGUGUGGAUCAGCGAUGCUCCCUCUGUGCUGGAAGACUUCAUGCAGGCUGAAUCCACAGCAGACGACCUCAAAGUGCUGCUCAGAAGCGACGCCCUCCGUGUUCACACGACCAAGACGGACAGCAGUGGAGAUAUGGAGACACAGGAUGGAGGAUGUCCAUCUGAGGAGGACACAAACAUUCAGGACAGCAGCAAGGCCGAACAAACAGCAGGAGGGAAAUGCAGCGACAGUAUUCGAGUUGGGAAAAAAGUUGAUAACGGAGCCUCAGACACCUGCAGAGCUCCUUCUACAUCCAACAAGAGUCCCGCGUUUCGCAGCUGCGUGACGGUGACUCCUUGGCGGAGAGUUUUGUACAGAUGUACUUAUCUAUACUACAAACAGUAG